AUGGCAACAAACAAUGGUUGUUCGAGUGAACAAUUCGUGAUUCCUGUCAAUCAAUCAUCAACACCGUUCGUAUUGAAAGUAUUAAUUACAAACAUCUUUCAAAUCGCCGGACUAUUUGUAGAAAUACAACUGAUAAUGUUUAUCGAAAUCAAGCACAACAGUAUCAUCGAGUUGAAAUGGCCAUCUCUCAGAAGUGCAAUUACACCAGUGGAACGCCCUCAUUCUCAUACAUCAAACACCGAACCAAUGCACAUUGACAAUAGCCAUACACAUGCAGCUGUUGCUCAUCCUCGAUAG